AUGGGUCGAAUAGGAGUAGCUGAGGCGAAGAAGGCGUACCGGAAAGCGUUGGAAGAGGGUGACCGGAGGGAAGAGGCGAGGUGGGCCAAUAACAUCGGCAACCUCCUUAAGAAUGACGGAGAGUACGUCAAGGCUCUCAAGUGGUUUCGGAUCGAUUACGAUAUCUCCGUCAAGCACUUACCUGGGAAGGAUCUGUUACCUACUUGUCAAUCUCUCGGCGAGAUCUAUCUCCGCCUCGAGGAGUUCGAAGAAGCUUUGAUCUAUCAGAAGAAGCAUUUACAGCUUGCUGAAGAAGCUAAUGACACUGUGGAGAAGCAAAGAGCGUGUACUCAGCUCGGUCGUACCUACCAUGAACUAUUCUUAAAGUCUGAUGAUGAUUGUGAUGCCAUCCAGAGUGCUAAAAAGUACUUUAAGAAAGCCAUGGUACUUGCGCAGGAUCUCAAGGAGAAACCACCUCCGGGCGACUCUAGAAGCUUUCUCGAGGAGUAUAUCAACGCACAUAACAACAUUGGUAUGCUUGACCUUGAGCUUGAUAAUCCUGAGUCAGCCUGCAAUAUUCUCAAGAGAGGGCUGCAGAUUUGCGAUGAAGAGGAGGUGAAAGAAUAUGAUGCUGUGCGUAGUAGGCUUCAUCACAACCUUGGAAAUGUUUACCUGCAGCUGAGAAGUUGGGAUGAGGCAAGGGAGCACAUUGAGAUGGAUAUAAGAAUCUGUAAUCAGAUCAAUCAUACCGAAGGAGAAGCCAAGGGGUAUGUUAAUCUCGCUGAGUUGCACAACAAGACCCAAAAGUACAAAGAGGCACUUUCGUGUUAUCGUAAAGCUUCUACUCUGGCGAAGUCUAUGCAUGACGAGACUGCAUUGGUUGAACAGAUAGAGCAAAAUAUCAAGAUUGUGAAUACAUCCGUUAAAGUUAUGGAAGAAAUGAGGGAGGAAGAGCUUAGGCUUAAGAAGUUUUCUGCAGAAAUGGCUGAUGCCAAAGGCCCUUUGGAGAAAGGAAAAUCUAUGCUCGAAGUACAUGCUUGUCUUGAACGACUUAUUGAAAAAUCCAGCAUGGUAUUUGCAUGGCCGAAGCAUCUUGAAUUUUCAAAAAGGAAGAAGAAAAUAUCAGAGGGACUCGACGACAAUGAAAAGCUGAGUGAUGCCUUCUUGGUUGUUGGUGAGUCUUACCAAAAGCUCAGAAAUUUCAAAAGGUCCCUGAAGUGGCUUAUAAGAAGUUAUGAGGGAUGCAAAAAAAUCAGUAAUCUGGAGGGUCAAGCACUAGCGAAAAUUGAUAUAGGUGGAUGUUUGGACUCUAUGGGCAAAUAUAAAGACGCACUCGAAGAAUUUGAAGCGGCGCACAGAAUUGCUUUGGAAGCUAAGCUUCCUUCAAUUCAGAUUUCUGCAUUGGAAAAUAUGCAUUAUAGCCAUAUGAUGAGAUUUGGGAAUACUAAACAAGCCAGGGAGUUAAAGGAAAAAAUACAAAAUUUGAAGGAGUCAGAAGAUGGUAGAGUUGAUGAAUGCGUUGAAACCGACUCAGAAGGGCAUGGGAAUAUAUCAAAUAAUAGGCAGAAUGCAUGUAGCUCACCAGAACCCCAAACAUCAAAUUCACUUGGAUCAGAAACGUUAGCAGAUCUUGAUGAAGAAAAUGAUGAUAUGCCUCUAAGCUCAUUUCUCCAGCCUGGAAAACGUCUAUGCAAAAGAAAACAAGCUUCAGGAAAACAAGAUGUUCACACUGAUCAGAGCAAGAAAAUUUUCUCUCCAGUAACAGACUCUGGUCGCAAGCGUAUUCGUGUCAUCCUCUCUGACGAUGAAAGUGAAACCGAGUAUGAGUUGGGAUGCCCUAAAGACAAUUUUCACACAGUUCCAAGGCAGAAGGAGGAGGUUUUAGACGAAAGUAUGUAUUUUGAUGUGGCUGUUAAUUGCGUGGAUAACCCUGCCAUUCGAGAUCACGAAGAACAAGGUUCUUGUUCGAAUAAAGCUGUUGAAACAGCUGGUUGUAGUAAAAGAGGAUCACAAUGUGAUGCUGGCGACUCCAAUGGCACGCAUUGCAAAACUGGAGCUGCUCUCAUGACCUUCCACGCUUACUCCAAAACUAAGGAUAAAAUUAAAAUUUAUAUUGAAAGUGAACACAUAGCUUUAGACUCAUGUUCUGGAAGUGAUGAGUCUGUGAAGGUGGAACUUACUUGCUUAUACUAUUUACAGCUUCCUGACGAUGAGAAAUCUAAAGGUCUGUUGCCGAUCAUUCAUCAUUUGGAAUAUGAUGGUCGAGUUGUGAAACCGUUGGAUUUAUAUGAGAUUCUCACGGGAUCAUCUGAAAAUGUUGUUAUUGAAGCUUCCGUUAGUGGCUGGGUUCACAAGCGCCUGAUGAAACUAUACAUGGACUAUUGCCAAAAGCUGUCAGAGAAACCCAGUGUAAAAUUGCUUAAGAAAUUAUAUAGUUCAGAGGUAGAGGAUGAUAUCAAUGUGUCAGAAUGUGAAUUGCAAGAUAUAUCAGCUGCUCCGUUACUGUCUGCCCUCCACGUCCACAAUACAGUUGCUAUGUUAAAUCUCUCCCACAAUAUGCUAGGAAACGGAACAAUGGAGAAACUUAAACAACUGUUUGCCUCAUCAAGCCAGAUGUAUGGUGCUUUAACUUUGGAUUUGCACUGCAAUCGUUUUGGUCCGACGACUUUGUUUCAGAUCUGUGAAUGCCCUGUCCUGUUCACUCGGCUGGAAGUCCUCAACGUGUCCAGGAACCGACUUACAGAUGCUUGUGGGUCAUACCUCUCAACCAUCUUGAAAAAUUGCCGUGCACUUUACAGCCUUAAUGUGGAACAAUGUUCACUCACAUCAAGAACAAUCCAAAAGGUUGCUGAUGCUUUGGAUUCGGAGUCAGGACUUUCACAACUCUAUAUAGGUUAUAAUAACCCUGUGUCAGGGAGUGCUAUCCAAAACCUCUUGGCUAAACUGGCUACUCUAAGCAGCUUUACAGAGCUGAGCGUGAAUGGCAUAAAGCUGAGCAGCCAAGUUGUUGAUAGCCUUUCCGCACUUGUUAAGACUCCAUCUUUGUCAAAACUUUUGGUUGGCGGCAGUGGAAUAGGAACGGACGGAGCUAUCAAAGUCACUGAAUCUCUAUGUUAUCAAAAGGAAGAAACUGUGAAGCUAGACCUUUCAUGUUGUGGACUAGCGUCUCCUUUCUUUCUUAAGCUCAGCCAAGAUAUUACCCUAAGUACCCUAACUUCUAGCAUUCUUGAGCUCAAUGUUGGAGGAAAUCCAAUCACUGAAGAGGGAAUCAGUGCGCUCGGGAAGCUGCUUACGAAUCCUUGUUCAAACAUAAAAGUUCUGAUUCUAAACAAGUGUCAUCUGAAGCUCUCUGGAAUUCUACGUAUAAUUCAAGCACUUUCAGAUAAUAAGACUCUCGAGGAGCUUAAUCUUUCUGAGAAUGCUAAAAUGGAGGAGACUGUGUUUGGCCAACCAGUGAAAGUAAGCUCAGACAUGGGACAGCAAGAACAUGGUGCAUGUGAAUCGGUCACCGCAAUGGACAGACCUCAGAGAGUUGACGAAGAACAAGAAUUAUGUGAAAGCAAUAUGGAGUGUGAUGAUCUCCAAGUUGCGGACAGCGAAGAUGAGCAAAUAGAGGAACAGACCGCAACGUCUAGUAGUCUUAGUUUACCAAGCAAGAACCAUAUCAUCAACGAGCUUUCGACGGCUCUUGCAAUGGCUAACCGAUUGCAGAUUCUGGACCUAAGCAACAAUGGGUUCUCAGUUGAAGCUUUGGAAACAUUAUACGUGUCAUGGUCAUCAUCAUCAGGAUCUCGAACUGGCAUAGCCCAAAGGCAUGUGAAAAAUGAGAUUGUCCAUUUCUAUGUCGAAGGACAGAUAUGUUGUGGAGUCGAAUCAUGCUGCAGAAAGGAUUGA